ACGUGAUAUUUAACUGAAGUCAUUUUUGCUCAUCCAUAUGGGUUGAAUUGGCCCAUCAAAGGUCAGCAGUGACAAUUAAUAGCCUACAGUAUAUUUGUAUUUAACAGAUUUGAACAGAUUAUUGCAAUUUUGCGUUUUGAGUUUGCAUUUCACUGUUUUUAUUAAUUUCUAGGAAUACUGAAUUUGGCUUUGAGCAGGUAAAUUGAGUAAAUGCAUGUUUAGCCUAGAACUUCAAUAACCAUCAUGUUUACACAAUUGCACACGCCUCUGCACUUACUCCCGAAUUCUCUCAACAUGGAAACAAGAGAGAUCUCAAUGAGUAUAUGGUAAACAAAGUAACUUGUGUUUCUUAUGUAAAUAAGUAAUUCAGAUAUUUUGUUUUAAAUUGAAAAGUAAUGUGUUACUCUACUAGUUACUUGGAAAAAGUAAUCUGAUUAUGUAACUCAAGUUACUUGUAAUGUUUUACCCACAACACUGGAUGCCACCAUAUAAACAAAGAAACACAAUGUGGACAUGACAAGAAAAUAAUACCUUUAUAUAAAUCAUAAAGGUUGUGUAGUGCUACAGGCACAGAUGUCCUGAUGACUUAGUUGUCAAAAUCACAUGAGAUUAGAAUGAGACAGAACGUAGAUGAGCAUUACAUUAAAUAUAAUUUAUUCUUUCCAAAUAGGCUACUAAUAUAAUAACUAAUAUUUUAAAUAUUAGUAAGUAAUCCAAUACUGACUAGAAUAUAUCAAUUCAAUAUUAAAUAUUCAUUAGACACUAUAACGGUUUUUUUAUUUACUAGUAAUUAGUAGUUUCUAGACUCUAUUCCAGAUUUCAAUAGAUAGGCUACAAAAGAUUUUGUAGAUUUUUUAUUGAAUUUGAAUAGAAAAAUACAAUAUAUGUAGUAAGUAGUAAGACAUGAAAUGUUACUAACAAUUGGAACAGAUCUAGUGUCUCAUAAAUAUGUACUAGUAUGUAAUAACAAGACACUAACAUACUAAUUAAUGGACAAAAUGCAAGGCUGUAACCAUGUCUUGAAAAAUUGUAAUGGAUGUAGAAAGUAAAUGAUAUAACUUUUUUUUUUUAGUUGAACUAUGCUUUUUAACUUUUUGAGCACAUCUGACACUUUUGGGUUUCUUGUCCAAAAAAAUAGUUAAACUCUAGUUAAACUAGAACUUAAAAUAAUAUUUUUGUUUUAUUACAUGACUCUGUGCUAACCAUGACCUAAAAACACAGUUAAGUGUGCAAGCCACACAUGUUCUAGUUUAGUUCUGUGGAUGAUAACUCUCCCAUUUUGAGUUUUAUGAAGCAUGUGUGGUGGGUAACGGUAUGCUGCAAAACAGCAUCAAGAAUAUCAAAUAUAAAGGGGAUCUUUUUGCUAUAGUGAUGCAUUGAUGGGUUUCACUAAACUAGUCCAUAAGUACAGAGUGCCGGCUGAUGCAACGGCUUAUGGUCGUCUAGAGUUGUUUUUCAUGCACAUUGAUGUUUUCUAGACAAACACUGCUUCGACGCUUGGUCUGGGGAAGUAAUUAGCUUGUUCAUUGUGUGCAGAAGAAGUUUGAAUGUCUGCCUUGAAGAGGAACUGACGUUAGCUAAAGCAGGUCAAUCAGAGAGAGUGAGAGAGAGAGAGAGUGAGAGAGAGAGAGCUAACGCUAGAGCAGCCGCACUGUCUGCUAGCACUGCAGCCGUAUGUGCUUUUAUCUGCCUCCAAAGCUAAACUUCACUUAUUAACGCGACUGGGGGAAAUAUUAUGCAUUCGAUGCACCUUUUUGAGUGUUCGUAACUCUAUAUUGCCAGUUGGGGGAGUUUGCAUCAGUGCAGGACGGUGUUAUUUGUUUCAGAUCAGAGCAGUUGAGCUGAGUUAGCUUAGCUAUAGCGAGCAGCCAGCGAGCCCAAGUUCCUUCAAGCUCCUUUGCGUUUCGCUGUCAAGAUGCCUGCGAUGUUGGAGAAGGGCACCGCUGAGAUAUCGGGCAAAAGAAGGGGCAGAAACUCUGUGAAUAAUCCGACCAAAAGUUUUACUUCAAAUGGGAACAGCAACAAUUCAUGGGAGGAAGGAAGUUCGGGUUCCUCAAGUGAUGACGAGCAUGGUGCAGGCGGGAUGCGAGUUGGACCGCAGUAUCAGGCAGUUGUUCCCGAUUAUGAUCCUGAGGUAGCAAAGGCAAGCCAAGAGAGAGAUAAUCUGGGAAUGCUGGUGUGGUUUCCAAAUCCAAGUAUACCAGAGGCCAAAUUGGAUGAGUACAUUGCAAUAGCCAAAGAAAAACAUGGGUACAAUAUGGAGCAGGCAUUGGGCAUGCUGUUUUGGCACAAACACAACAUUGAAAAAUCUUUGGCAGAUCUCCCCAACUUCACCCCUUUUCCAGAUGAGUGGACAGUUGAAGACAAGGUGCUGUUUGAACAGGGUUUCAGCUUUCAUGGAAAGACGUUUCACCGCAUCCAGCAGAUGCUUCCAGACAAGUCAAUUGCAAGCCUGGUUAGAUUCUAUUACUCGUGGAAGAAAACACGCAGUAAAACAAGUGUGAUGGACCGCCAUGCGCGCAAACAGAAGAGAGACAGAGAGGAGAGUGAUGAUGAAGGAGAAGAAAAUAGAUGCAUCUCUCCAGGGGUUGCUGAAUUGGAGCCAAAUAAGGAUGAGAAGAAAGAGGGAACAUCUGGACCUGAGAAACAAGAGUCAAAACCUGCAGUUGUGCAGAAGCCAGCAAAUCUUGCAGAAAAGCCAAUGCAUGUUAAGAAAGAAGUACAGGGACUUGCUGGGAGGAACCUACACAGGGCAAAGAAGAAACCUCCUAAAGGAAUGCAUUUAAUCUCCGAUGAUGUGGCGGCAAUGUCUAGCAGUGGCCCGGCUGCAGUUAGUGUCCUGAGACAGCUGGAUAUGGAGCUCAUUGCCAUAAAACGACAGAUUCAGAGUGUUAAACAGAACAAUAGUGCCCUCAGAGAAAAGCUGGACACAGGCGUGGAUGAGUUUAGGCCAUCUGAGGCUAAUCAGAAAUUUAAUACCCGCUGGACCACAGAAGAGCAGCUGCUUGCAGUACAAGCUAUAAGGAAGUAUGGGCGGGAUUUCCAAGCCAUUUCUGAUGUGAUCGGCAACAAGUCUGUGGUUCAAGUGAAAAACUUCUUUGUGAAUUACCGGCGUCGCUUCAACCUGGACGAGGUACUGCAGGAGUGGGAAGCUGAGCACGGGGUGGAGGGACGCAAGGGUUUAGAUGAGGAGAAGAUGGAGGUGUCAUCCGAAGAGGGAACCACCCCUGGACCUUCAGAAAACCAGGCAGAGGAACCAACGGCAAUGGAAACACAAAACCCUUCAGUUUCCUGAGUUCUCCAACAGCGGUCAGACGAGCUCAGAUCAGUUAAUAUCGCAGCUGUGCGUAAGAGGCAUUAAGGCUUCAACUGCCUCAAGUGAAGCCUCUUCGUAAUGGACAUUCCUCCCCCAUCCUGGUCCCUCCAACUCCCACCCCUCCUACUGGACCCAGGACUCUCACAAGUGCUACCGCAUAGGAGCACAAUCUUCACCAAGCUACUCUACGGAACUAGGAUCAUCACUGCCAACAGAAGUAGAGUUCCUGUCUGGUCUCUACCAGCCUGGUGCUCCAACAGUUAUAUUCUCCACAAAUGGUAAUUGGUCUGUUAUGGUGGGGAAUAAAACACCCAUAUAUCCAUCCCAACGUCAUUGGACAGCGAAUUAUGAUCUUGAAAGAUCUCUUACGGAGUCUGAAGGAGUUUAAUGUCACUUGACAUUCUCUCUUUCUUGAUAUAAACAUAGGACUUUGACUUGGUCCUAGUCUAACAUCCCUUUCCAGUUACUUUUUUGUUACUGUAGCAUAUUAUCUAGUUAUAUGAUUUGCUAUUUUAAAAUAGGUUUGGGGGGUUAGUUGAUCUCUGGUUGGAUUGUUAAGCUAUUUAUUUGCAUAAAAAGUGAAUUAUAUGAACUGCACUGUAUAGAUACAGUGAAAUGCCAGUGUAGAUGAAAUUUAAAUAAUUUUAAUACCAAUUUUAAUAUUAUUCUUUUAAAAAUGAGAAGAUUUGCAGCUCUAAUAUUGUUUAAGUGAGUUGGUUUAGUAUUAGGUCGUAAUAUAUACUGUUUAAUCAUGGACCCUUGUACAUGGUGUAUUUGAAAUGCAUUUUAUCUCAAAAGGUUUCUUGGCUGAGGCCGUUGACUAUAAGAACAGGCACAGAGUGUUGUAACUGAACGGGAGGUAUUUUUUGUUCUUGCUCGGAUUUUUAAAAUCUUAUUUUGAACUGUUUUGCAUGCAUGAACAGUUUCUUCUUCAUGCCAAGGUCAAGCUUUUCACCCUCUUAGGGGUGUCUGAACGUAUAUGGAUUGCCAUUUGUAGGUAAGAAUUUCAAAAUAUGGCAGCACAUCUAAAAUUCUACUACUAUUCCAUGCUUGUAUGUGUUUUUCCACACAUCCUAAUUUAUUAUGGUGUUUGGAGAUGAACUUUAGAUGGGUUCAUAUUGUUUGUUUUUUUUAUGUUUAAUUUGAAAAUGGAAUAAGUUAUUUAAAAAGUACAUGCACUCUCACUUGUUUUGACCAACUUUUUCCCUCUAAUAACUGUAAUGGUACCAUACAUGUGUGAACUCCUUUUAAACUUAUUAUGCGUGCAGAUAACAUGUACAUGGUUGGGGUGAAGUUCUGUGUGUCUGCGUGUGUGGGUGGGAGCUAAUGUGGUCAUAGACUGUGACCCGUAUAUGUAAUCAGUUUAUGUCACAUUAGGCAUAAUAAAUCCCUUAAGUUUAUACUGUCAAAUGCAUUGAGUGUUAUUCAACCUCUG